AUGGAAGCAAAAAUUGUCUCAUUGUCCUUAAUGUUAGUACUCCUAACUCUAGCUACAUCCAUAGAGGCCUCAAAGUACCAGUUCUUAAAGCUCAAAGAAACCAACAUGGUGUUCUACAUGCAAGACUGGGAGACAGGCCUCAAUGCCACAGUGUUCCCCGUUGUUGGCAUCCCUAACAAGCCAUGGCAAGUCACUAGGUUUGGUACAGUCAUGGCCAUUGAUGACAAGGUGACAGUGGCUAUUGAAAGGAACUCAUCCCAGGUUGGAAGGCUUCAAGGCAUUUACGUGAACUUGGCAUUGGACCUAGGAUGCACGGACACGAAGGAGUACAAUGGUAGCACCCUUGAAAUACAAGGAGCAGACAGGUUCUACCAAAAGUAUAAGGAGGUAUCAGUGAUUUCAGGAACUGGAAUAUUUAGGUUGGCUCGUGGUUAUGCUAUUCUACAGACUGUUUAUUAUGAUGUACCCAAGGGUAAUGCAAUCAUCAGGUGGAAUCUCACUGUUUUUCAUUACUAA